AUGCAGCAGCACUACCGGGUCCACACGACUCAGAAGCCGUACGUUUGUCAGACAUGCGGGAAAUGUUUCAUUCAGAGCGGCGUUUUAUCCGUGCACAUGAGAACGCACACGGGGGAGAAGCCGUAUUCCUGCGAGCGCUGUGGGAAACGUUUCAGACACAAGUGUUCCUUUGUCGCCCACAUGAGGAGCCACACGGGCGAGAAGCCGUACCCCUGCAACGUUUGCGGGAAGAGAUUUGCUGAGUCGUCCUCACUGAAGAAACACACGGUCAUCCACACGGCAGAGAAGUCGUUUCUUUGUGAAGAGUGUGGGAAAAGCUUCAGUGGGAGUAGAAUUUUGAAAGUCCACCUGAAAACUCACAGGAAGUCUGAAGCGUAA